AGGGUGGCAAACCCCAGGGCCCCUGGGAGCACCACCCACCUCCCAGGGCACAAAGCUGCCAGGCCCAGCUCCCACGCGAGUCCCAGGGCUGUGCGGCCCCCUUUAAGGAGUGCUCUGCCAUCCAGAAGCACUCCAGUCUUAAUUUUAGCUUGGAGGCCUGCCACCACAGGCUUUAACCAGAGAGCAGGCUGAAGUUAUGCAGGACAGCUGUCCCUGGUAUGCUGGGUGGGGCCUAUUUAGCCUGCGGGGACACAGGCCGGGGACCCCGAGCGGCUCUCCGCCCCAGUGUCCUCAGCCCUUCACAGUGUGGAUCACCUCCCUCCCACAGAACCCCCAACCCUACCAUGAUGGCGGAAGAGCACACGGACCUGGAGGCUCAGAUCGUCAAGGACAUUCAUUGCAAGGAGAUUGACCUGGUGAACCGAGACCCCAAGAAUAUUAACGAGGACAUCGUCAAGGUGGACUUUGAAGAUGUUAUCGCAGAGCCCGUGGGCACCUACAGCUUCGACGGCGUGUGGAAGGUGAGCUACACCACCUUCACUGUCUCCAAGUACUGGUGCUACCGCCUGCUGUCUACACUGCUGGGUGUCCCGCUGGCCCUGAUCUGGGGCUUCCUGUUUGCCUGCAUCUCCUUCUGCCACAUCUGGGCAGUGGUGCCAUGCAUUAAGAGCUACCUGAUCGAAAUCCAGUGCAUCAGCCACAUCUACUCCCUGUGCAUCCGCACCUUCUGCAACCCGCUCUUCGCCGCCCUGGGCCAGGUCUGCAGCAGCAUCAAGGUGGUGCUGCGGAAGGAAAUCUAAAGCCAGGUGGGGUCACGAGGGUGGCAGGGCAGGGGGAGGUCAGGCCAGACUGGUCCUCUGAUACUGUUCCAUGGGCGAUGGGGUUUUCCCCCAAGACGGGAGCGCACAGUGUAGACCGCUGGACAGAAAAAUCAGCCCAGUGCAGAAGUAGAGGCCCUCACUUCACCCCAGCUCCACUCCAGCCCUACCAUGACGUCCUUUGACCCGGCCCGAGGGAAGACAGUUUUCUAAGAGGCAGCUACUGCAAGUCUUUGCGUCCAUGUGUACUGUACAGCAUAAACCAGCAUCAGUUCCCAUGGGACUGACCUGUCCACCCACGCCUGAGAGAGCAAGCAGUGACUGUUGGCGUGAGGAGGGUGCUCCAAUAAAGGGUUUCCACUGCAUCUUGAGGGUGUUGAGUUUUGUGUCCAUAGGUUGGCACAGAUCCAUCCUCACCAGCUCCAAAAGUUUCACUGCCCUGAGAAGCACAAAUGGGGAAAGUGGGUUGUUCCUCUGCUGGGCCAAAUCAAAA